UUAGUCGUCAAGUUCACGGUGAGAAGCACCCCGUCACGGAUGGCGACUUCAGCGAGGGGUACUUGGAGUAAGACAGUUCAGACUCCGUAAGAACCAUGGAAUUGGGGAUCCACGUUGGCUCUCGAAGGCGUGGGCGAAACCCAAGGGAAAUCCAAUCCAAUAAUCCGAAAUUCAGACCCCCAGACUCGAGGGUCCAUUUUCCCGGUUUCAUCCCGACGGCGAAUCACCUCGAACCAAGUUCCUUCCUUUCCCUCCCCCAACUUCUGGCGCCUCAUCAUCGGACCUGUGCUGUCACCAGCUCCUUUCCGGUUUCUUUAUCGUAUUGUAUUUUAAUUCUAUUCCGUUUUGACUCGUUCUCUUGGAUGUUUAUUUAUUUUUAGGCGCCGUGAGGAUGGAAUUCCGCGACUUUCGGUCGUCGCUGUCGGGCCUCUUCCCCCCUCGAGGGAAACCAGCAUAGUCCAGCAUUCUUGCUGCUACACCUAGCAUAGUCUCUUUCCUUUUUUUUCUCGGGGGAGCCCUAUCAUCUCAUCAUUCCGCCAAAUGACUAGUUCUGAUUGCCUGUCAGU